AUGGAACUUAACAAUGCCGAUCUAACAAAUUCUUCGAGAGUAUACGAGCUUACAGGUAUUAAUGGGGAGUGUUUGGGCGUAUGUUUUACGAACGACGGAAAUUCUAUUUUGGUUUGCGGAAAUGAUCCACGAAUUUUACUUUUUCAAAACUAUGAGAGUAGUAAAAAUGCGAUAACAAUACAGGGACACAAUAAGGCCGUAUUAGAAGUUUCCUUGAAUAAGCAACAUGGACUUCAAUUUUCCUCUUGUUCUGCAGACAAAACUGUACGUUACUGGGAUAUUGAGACAAUGGAGUGUAUUUCGAAGUUUAAGGGCCACACAAAAAUAGUAAAUUCGUGCAAAUGUAAUAAUACUUUAGUUAUUUCAGGAUCUGACGAUGGACAGGUAUGUAUAUGGGACACCAGAAUAAACCCAAAUAGAGCAUGCAUUUAUAAAUACGAAAACAAGUACCCAAUAACAGCGGUAUCAUGCGAGGGGGAAUGGGGUCGAAUUUUUGCAGGAGGAAUUGACAAUAAUAUUUAUAUGAUUGACAUGAGGAUAUCUAUUGCUAACACAUUUUCUACGCUAAACGAUACAAUUACAGGGCUAGAUAUAAGCCCCGAUAAUUCUUCUCUGGUAUCAAACUCUAUGGACAGCCAAGUUGUAAUAUGGGAUAUUAGACCUCAUUCAGAUUUACAAGAUAGGAAAGUAGGAACUCUUAUUGGCGCAAAACACAAUUUCGAGAUGAAUUUGCAUAGGGCAAGAUGGAGUUUUGACGGCGAUCUAUUGGCCGCUGCAUCUUCAGAUACAAUGAUAUAUAUUUGGUCGGUCAAACAUAAGAAGUUAAUUAAUAAGCUUGUUGGACACAAAGGAGCUACUAUAGAUAUUAGCUUUCACCCUAGCCUUCCCAUUAUUGCCUCAGCCGGUUCCGACGGACGUGUAAUUGUUGGGGAAUUUAUUUAG